GAGUGGUUCCAGGCGUGAAGAAACGUUUGAUUUCUGUCAGGCAGUUGGACAAACAGGGACACGAGGUGAAGUUCAGAAACGGGCAGUGGAAGGUCGUGAAGGGAAAUCUUGUCAUGGCCCGCGGAAGGAAGAGUGGGUCGCUGUACAUGGUCGGGUUACCGUCUGAGGGAGGGACCGUCCCAGUUCAGAAGAAAAACAAAGUCCGGUUCACAGAGUCUCGUGGGCAGAAUAAGGUUGUCUGUGCAAGAGAGAAACCUAGAGCCACUGGUCAGACUCAGGAUGAACGAGCGUGGAAAGGUUCAAGGAGGCCAGUCAGAGGUAUUUGUGGCAUGGGAGCUCAAGAGGCGCUUCAGCCAAGUUGCCUAGAAGACAGUGGGUCAGAAGAACCAGAUGUUCCAGGAUCCGGCAGUGUGCGUCUGCAGUGGGAGCCGGUAGGGACCGAGGACGAGUCAGGGGCAGAUUUUGCCGUGACUGAUGUGUUGGAGUUUGGGAGAGCUUCAACGGGCCUUUCAGUUGUCUGAUGAUAGGGCCGCUGCAACAGGAGAGUUGAGGAAGAUUACUCGAUGUACAGGGAAUCAUGGUGGAUGGCAGUUGAUGACUAUCAAGCCUCCAAGUGGGAGAAUGUUGGGUUUGUGGAGGCUUGGGCUUGACUUUUGGCCCGGCCCAUUUUACGGAACCCUAGAUGCACUCUUCCUAUAUAUAUUGCAUACUUGUACUUGUAAUC